AGCUCGGCUUGGCAUCGGCACGGAUAUAGAUGGCCUUGCGUACAGCAUGCACGCGUAAACACGCUAAGUGUAAGCUCUGACGGUGCACGCAGCACUGCGCCAAAUUUGAACCAACAGCGAGCGCUGGAACCUGCUCUCUGGACACCACAAAAAUGAGCAGCUACUUCGACCUCAGCAAGCUCACCGACGAGCUCACCGAGCAGACCACUCAAACCUUCCCGGCGACCGCCGCGGCGCUGGGCUACCCGACGCCGCUGCGGCGGACCUUCUCCGAGGACGACUUGACGGAGGAGAGCGACGAGCAGCCGCCGGCGCCGCGGCGCUUCGAGCGGCCGAGCGAGAGCGAGGGCUGGACGGCCGACGAAGGGACGCAGCGCGACGCGCUCUGGAAGGUUUUGAGUGAUACGGCGAAGACGGAGCUGAGGCGGGACGACCUCCUCUUCCUGCGGUUGGUGAGGGGCUUUCGAAGAGCCGACGGCGAGCGCAAGCGAUGUAUUAUAGAGGAGGUCACGACGCUAAGGGCCAGAUAUAGAACGACGCCCGAGCCGCCGCUCGGCGGGUCCCUGUCGCCCACGGACUUUCACAGAGCGAUCUGGCCGACGGAGAUCGUGGGACGGGACCCGUGGGGCCACCUGAUUGUGGUCGAGCGGGUCAAGGACGUGGACUUUGACCGAUUGCUGGAGAUGCCGAUCGAUGCUGUACUAAGGCUGCGCGUGCAAGCAUUGGACGCGCUCCAGCGCCUGUCCGCGUGUCAGAGGAAGCGGGGCCCGCACCGCGUCUACAAGUGCGUCUUCGUCUGCGACUGCGAGGACGCGUCCUAUGCUGCUCUUGCAAGGAGAGAAACGGUGUCGCUGGCCUCGGCCUACGCGCGCCUCACGGAACGGAUGUACGCGGACGCCGUCUGGCGCAACGUCGUCAUCGACGCUCCUUUGGUCGCGAGAGCAGCGUGGCGCGUCGUCGAGCCCAUCCUCGACGCGGAGACGAGGGAAUUGCUGCAGUUUGUCGUGUGCGGCGGCGCCGACCCAGCCGCGGCGCUCGAAGAAGUCGGCGUGCCGCGGCGCGCGUUUCCUCGCACCGCCCGGGGCAUCGCUCUCGCCGACGUGAUUGCUGGCGGCGAACAGGAUGCUUCUGAGAAAUUAGACGCCAUGGACGCGCGCGCCGCGCCGCCGCCGCCGCCAGAACCUGCCAAAUCGUUCCGCUGGUGGCCCGUGCAACUGUUCCUCGCGCUCCUGCUCGCUGUGGACUUGUACCUCGUCGCGUCGCGGCGGUCCCUCGCGACGACCGAGGUCGCCGCGGUCGACGCGCUGGACGCGGGGGCGCUGGCCGAGGUCGAGGUCGAUUCUUCUCCAGCGGAGGAGUUUUAAUAAUAUGAUUGUGAUG